AUGACUCCACUUGCGCUGGUGAAGCUGGCGGCGCAAUGUGCCGAAUAUUACCAGGAAGCGCAGAAGCAAAUGCAACGAGAUGCUCUGAGAGGCCUGUUUGACAAGGAAUGGACAAACACGGUCACCGGCAAAGCCCUGGGUCUCUCGGCUCUCGCCCAGUAUCAUCAAGCAAUGGCCAAUGCCGAUGCCAAAGAUAUUGGCGAGCAAUUGAGUCGAUUAACGGAGUCCCAAUCACUGAUGCAGCAAGCAAUGAAUUACCUACCACAUGGGACAUUCGAUGCUCAGCAAGCGAUCAUUCAAAAAGCAUAUUCAACAGCCAAAAAAGACAACGAUUUCAUCGUAAAUUUUGGAUCGAUCUUUUUUUUUUGA